AUGGCUUGCUUAACACACAAUUCACGUUAUUCCCAUCUAUUUCGUGCUGUUGUUAAUGAACUUCGAAAAGAAAAUCGUAUUCCGGUUUGUAAAUUACGAAAUAUGUCUCGUCAGUGUUGUACAUGUAACAAUGUUGAUAAUCAAAUAUUAACAACAGUUGUUACAGAUGACACGGUUAAAUUGAUCAAUUUAAAAAAAAUUAUUGAUCAAAUAGAUCGGGAUAAAGAUCCCGAUCCAAAACUUAUUUUAUCAUUAAAUCAAUUAGAAAAUUUUAUAAAAGAAAAUCGUAUUUUAGAUACAAAUGUAUUAUCAACAUCAAUAGUUGAUAAUGAAAUUAAACUUUGCUCCCAAGAUUCCAUGAUGGAUAUUGAUCCACCAUUACGCACAGAUACAACUAAACAAACAAAACCACUUAACAAUGGAAAAUUUAUUUAUUUACCAUAUAAAUUUGACAAGAAACCAGACUCCGAUGCCCUACUUGAAGUUGCAAAAAAAUUGCAACGUGGACGAUUUAUUAGUCGAAACGGUUAUAUUGCAUCAUUAGAAAAAGAGCAUAAUGUUUGUAUUAAUAUGGUAACACCGAAAACAACUAAAAAAGUGAAAAAAACACUUGAGAUUGCAAAAGCUGGAAUCGGAAAUGUAUCCAUUCAUAAUCGAACAGACCUACCAGAAGUAGAAAACGGUGAAUGGAUAUUAGUUCGACAAAAGAAAAAAACUGAAGAUAAAUCAACUACAGUUGAUUUUGAAACAUUAUUAGAUGAUUUAGCAAAUCAAUGGACAAGUUUUUUGAAAAUACGAAAACGCAAAUUUGACGAAGAAAGUGACGAAGAAAAUGAAGAGCAUGCAAAUAAAAAAUAA